AUGGAAAUCUUACCAGAGAUGGAGUCGGUAUCUUUGGACAUCGACAAGACACGGAGAUCGUCAAAGCGUUCAGUGUCCAGUAGUGCACUCAAUAGCAACAAAGGCUUGGGGUUGACUGCACCUCGCAGACCUAGCGAUGGGCUGAUGAGAUCCCACAGCAAAGUGUCCAUUCAGAGACCAAUCUCAAACGAUUCGAUCCCAAGCACGAACGAAUCUAUGGUGUUUAGCGACGCAGGAGCUGAUAUCGGUGACUCUAGAAACUCCUCGAUGACAAGUGCCUCUGUGGACGACGUGUCGAUGGGCCCACGUACGCCGAACAUGAAGUUCAAACCACCGCUAAAGGUCUCAACAUCAACGCCCAUGUUUACACAUUCAUCCUCUUCUGUCUCCACGCUGACCCCUUCCCAGAGGUUUAGGCUCAGAAGGGUCAACUCUCAAAGCUCUGACAAGCUGAAUCGUCAGAAUAAGAGUGCCUCGAAGCUAUACGAUGAGUUGAAUUCUGAUGAUGAAACGUUGGAAGACGGCGUGAUAUGGAACGUUCCAUUCACCAGGACCACGUCGUCGAUAUUUAAUCCAAUGAAUGGGAAAUCACCAUCGUUGAUCAAGUCUGUUCUCAAUGAGUCGCCGUCGACGUUACCGGUGAGUCCAUUGCCAGGCUCGCCGUUGGCCAACAACACGUCGGCGAGCUUUUACAUCCAUGGAGGAGAGGCACAUUCGCUAUCACAGUUUUACGAAUUUGCCAAUGAAAGAUAUAUGAAACGGGAAGUAUUGAAGCGCAAAGAGAGUCAGACAAACCUACCUCAGGUCAUCAAUGAAGCCUCUGCAAAGGGAUUGGAUGACUGUAAUUUGAUCUCCAUGGAGAAACUGAACAUAGUAACAGAUACGAGACCAAUAUGGCUACCUCCAAAGACACCAGAUGAGAUCCAGAAACACGAUCACGAUUACGAAAAGAUGAUUGAGAGCUUUGCGAAGAAGGAGAAGCUGUUGAAACAAGAGCAGCUCAAACUGAAAGAGGACCAAAAGAGAUAUAGACAACGGUGGGUUGAUUUGUCCCAGACAGCACACCCAAGACACGCAGACCUGUCCAGGCUAUGUGUCAAAUGUGGUAUACCGGACCACCUACGAUAUGAGCUCUGGGGAAAGAUAUUCCAAAGUAAGGAUUUGGAAGAUUUCAAUAAGUUGAAUGAAAAGUUGAGCGAAAUCAAUGACUUCCCAGAGUCUCAACUUGAAGAGCUUGAGAACUUGACGGUAAAACUUUAUCCAAGUAUACAAAAGUUCCAAAAGGGGUGCGAGCUUCAUGAUAAGUUGAUCUAUCUGUUGAAAUUGUCAUUGGUUUCUACAAGAGGCCUACAAAAUGGCGACGAGGCCCUGUUUGCAAUCAUGUUAACGAAAUUCAACGCUGUCGAUUCGUACAAGCUCGUUCAACUGUUACAUGCAACAGUAUUUACGCCAGUAAACAAUGAAAAGUUCUUGAAACAUAUGAACAAGUCGUCUGUUGUCAAGAAGUACCUACCGGCAGGGGAAUACGAAGGUGAUUUGAAAUCAUUGACAUCCACUCUAACAACAAUCCAACUAUUCGAGAAAUUGCCCUUGGCGAUUGUCUUCCCUCUAUUGGACAUGUUAGUGAUAAGGAACAAUUAUAAAUCAUUCUUAGCAAUUUGGAUUGUUGUUCUACGCAAUCAUCAUAUAGGAUUUGACGAUUUGAAACAACUAUUUGACGGUGAUAGAAACGUUAUGAUUUCUGAAAAUGACUGGUUCAAAUUUGGUCAGGAUAUUAACCACUACUAUCAAAAGUUUUAA